CUUACAACUCUUGAUGAGAAAGCUCUCCUGCAACAAAGCUGCAUGAGCAAGCCCUAUAAUAUAGGGCACAGUUUAAGGAAGUCAGAAGCUGAGGAUGUUGCUGCAGAGAGAAGAAAACAGGUUGUAGUAGAACAAGUGAUGGUGGAUCAGUUAUCUAGAGCUGUUCUAAGUGACCCAGAGCAAUCCACGCGUGAUGAUAUUCACAAGGAAGCUCAUGGACUUCUGGGACUUGGAACAGCACCAAUGCGUUUUAGAAAAAGAACACUGCAUGAAACAAAAAUAAGGACCAAAUCAGGAUUGACAGAAAACAUGCUAUCUAACAAGCUAUGCUUUGACAGUAGAAUUAUAUCGAGAAAUGGUCGUGAUGCUUGUAGAGAGUUGAUUGGAUUUUAUUUUGCAUGUGACAAAUCCCUUACUGUGUACGAAUUUCGACAGUUUGGAAAAAAUAGAACAAAUGCCUUGCCUUUCAUUCAGAAGGGAGUUUAUCAACAUGCACGUGGACAAAAGAAGGGAAAAUCUUAUGACCUUAGUGACUUCUAUAUAGGAGCUAACCUAACUUUCCAAAGUGUUGAUCAUAACCUUCCAGAAAGUGUUAAGCAGAACGCAAUUCUCACCCUUCGUGUGAUAAGUAUUGAUGAAGCAGCUAUGGAUUUUCUAAAAGCUGCUUCUAUGGAAUUCAAGCAAGAGUGUUCCAAGCAAGUGGUCGAUGACAGCAAAGUUUUCAGGAAAAUUCAAGGUAUACUCAGAGACACACUAAGUAAAAGAGGAGUUAGGGUUGUAACAGGCUUGGGAAAGUACUUCCGAGAAGCAGACAAGAGCAGAAGCGGUUUUCUCUCUCAGGCAGUGUUUAAAGAAGCUCUAAAAGCGUUCCAUCUGGAAGUGCCUGAAGAGGACUUUGAAUCCUUAUGGCUUACUCUUGAUGACAGCAGGAGUGAUAAGGUUGACUACGGAGAAUUUACUCGUGCCAUAUUUGGAGAAAUGAACGAGUACAGGAAAGCAUUUGUAAGAAAAGCUUAUAUGAAACUAGAUUUUGGCAAAACUGGGAGCGUGCCUGUAGUAGAUAUCAGAAAAUGUUACUGUGCAAAGAAACAUCCUCUGGUAGUGGCAGGCAAAGCUACAGAAGAAGAAAUUAAAUCGGCAUUUCUAGAAACUUUAGGAGAGUCUUGCAGCAACCCCAAUGAAGUGUCCUAUUCUGAGUUUGAAGAUUAUUAUGAAGGAUUGAGUAUUGGAAUCAUGGAUGAUGAUGAUUUUGUUAAUAUCGUAAGGCACCCUUGGGGAAUUUAG